AGAAGAAUAGAACAUGAAGAAGACGAGAAGCUCCAUCUGCAACUCUCCAAAUGGAGUGUAUGCAAAUAUAUCUGAACUGAUAUCUCCAGUUUGGCACAAAACUAUCCCUACUCACAAAUUUCACAACAAUGGCUUCCAGUUUCAGAGCUUGUGCUCAACCCAUGUUGACCCUCGGGCUCACUCAAUCCUCUUCAUCCACCAACACCAAGAGACCCUUGUCUCAAUACCUGCUCUGUUCCUGCAUCGGUCCUCUGUCGUCCCACCUUCUCUGCAAGAAGCAGAUUUCAGAUGGGACCUUCUCUACCUUCCAAGCUUACACCUUUACUAAGGCCUCCUCACUCUCCUCAGGAGCUGGAGCCAGAGCCCGAUUCAGAACACACCAGGUUGCUGCCCAAACCGAGGGAGGGUAUUCCUCCGGAGGGGAAGCUGAUCUUUCUGACGUUGCAGCUCAAGAGGUUUUUGCUUGGCCUUCUGUAAUUAUACCGUUUGUAUUCCCUGCCUUGGGAGGUUUACUAUUUGGGUAUGACAUUGGUGCCACCUCUGGAGCUACCAUCUCUUUGCAGUCACCCGACCUUAGUGGAACAACAUGGUUCAACCUUUCAUCAAUACAGCUCGGUCUUGUGGUAAGUGGUUCCCUUUAUGGCGCUCUUCUUGGAUCCCUGCUUGUCUAUACAAUUGCAGAUUUCCUUGGAAGGAGAUGAGAACUUAUCAUAGCAGCCAUGCUGUAUAUACUUGGUGCUUUGAUCACUGGAUUUGCUCCAAACCUUGGUGUUCUCAUAAUAGGACGGCUUCUCUAUGGAAUUGGUAUAGGUUUGGCCAUGCAUGGAGCUCCUCUUUAUAUUGCAGAGACUAGCCCAUCUCAAAUUCGUGGAACAUUAAUUUCUUUAAAGGAACUCUUUAUAGUUCUUGGGAUAUUGUUGGGUUAUCUUGUGGGAAGCGUUGAGAUUAAUGCAGUUGGAGGGUGGCGUUACAUGUAUGGGUUUAGCGCACCGAUUGCAGCCUUAAUGGGGUUAGGCAUGUGGAGUCUACCACCAUCUCCUCGCUGGUUACUUCUCAAGGCAGUUCAAGGUAAAGGGUCUUUACAGGAAUACAAAAUGAAGGCUAUCCAAGCUAUCACCAAACUGAGAGGUCGUCCAGCUGAUGACCAGAUAUCUGAGAGGCAAGUAGAAGAUACCCUCAGCUCACUGAAGUCAGCCUAUGCGAAUGAACCAUCCGAAGGCAGUUUAUGGGAAGUAUUUCAAGGUCCAAGUUUGAAGGCUUUCAUAAUAGGUGGAGGCUUGGUCCUUUUUCAACAGAUAACUGGACAACCAAGUGUUUUGUACUAUGCUGCUUCCAUUCUUCAGAGUGCCGGAUUCUCUGCUGCUUCUGAUGCUGCCCGUGUUUCAGUUGUAAUUGGUGUGUUUAAGUUAUUAAUGACAGGAAUAGCUGUCUUUAAAGUUGAUGAUCUUGGCAGGCGACCUCUGUUGAUUGGUGGUGUCAGUGGCAUUGCGCUCUCAUUGUUUCUGCUGUCUGCAUACUACAAAUUUCUUGGGGCCUUCCCUGUUGUUGCUGUGGCUGCACUCCUUCUCUAUGUUGGGUGCUACCAGGUAUCUUUUGGGCCAAUUAGUUGGCUAAUGGUGUCUGAAAUCUUCCCACUUCAGACAAGAGGGCGUGGGAUUAGUCUUGCUGUUCUUACCAACUUCGGUUCAAAUGCAAUUGUAACCUUUGCUUUCUCUCCACUGAAGGAUCUCUUGGGGGCGGAUUACCUUUUCCUCCUGUUUGGGGGUAUUGCAUUGCUAUCACUUUUAUUUGUAAUCUUCUUUGUGCCGGAAACAAAAGGCUUGAGCUUGGAAGAAAUUGAAUCCAAGGUUUUGAAGUAAAUGCUCUGAGUUUCCUUCUAUGGGGCAAAAACAAUUGUCAUGCUGCCCGUAAACCCUGCUAUGACAGAUCUUAAUUAGUCAGCUCCUUGGUUCUUCAUAUUCCUGCUGUGGAUUUGAAUACUUGGAGGGUCAUCCAUUUGUAACUGAAUCACCAACACAGAUGUACUCUAUAAAAGAUUUUCAGUAGUAAGCAUACACAGAUCUAAAAAUAGUUCCU